AGCUACCCGAACAUCAAGACGGACGGCGAAAGUGAAGCCAUCUGACUCACGUUAUGAUUAUUAUUGCUUCUCCUCUGAAGUGAAGGCAUUUAUAGCCAACUGUCCCUUGCCUUCCUUUUCCCCCAACCCAGUCGGUCCUCCUCUCCGGUGCCUGCAGCUCUACUGCGACAAUUGGAACACCGCGACCAUGCCCGACUCCGGUCUAAUCGACUAUUCACCCCGCCAUCCCACCAAGGCCGCAGAGCUGGACAAUGCGUCCAACCUCAUUUUGAUCGACAACUACGACUCCUUCACCUGGAAUGUAUAUCAGUAUCUGGUCCUAGAAGGCGCGAAAGUCACAGUGUUCCGCAAUGAUCAGAUCACCCUUGAGGAAUUGAUUGCGAAGAAGCCGACUCAGUUGGUGAUUAGCCCUGGUCCCGGACAUCCUGAGAAAGAUGCUGGGAUCAGCAAUGCCGCUAUACAACAUUUUGCGGGGAAGAUCCCCGUGUUCGGUGUCUGCAUGGGCCAGCAGUGUAUCAUCCAGUCUUUCGGAGGCAAGGUCGAUGUUACGGGCGAAAUUCUCCAUGGCAAGACAUCCGUUCUCAAGCACGAUGGUAAGGGCGUCUACGCGGAUCUUCCUCCCUCCAUAGCAGUGACACGAUACCACUCCCUUGCCGGUACCCAUUCGACAGUUCCGGAUUGCUUGCUUGUUUCCUCCUGGAUUGAGCUCGACGAGACUGGCAAGAAGGGGGUCAUACAAGGAAUCAGACACAAAGAAUUCGUCGUGGAAGGCGUGCAGUUCCACCCGGAGAGCAUUCUGACCGAACAUGGCCGAGCAAUGUUUAGAAAUUUCCUUAAGAUGCGUGGAGGCACCUGGGAAGAGAACCAACGCCUGACUGGUCAGCCAGUCCCAGCCAGCUCUGCGCCCAUCAGUGGUUCUACGAAGUCCGACAAGAAGACGUCUAUACUGGAAAAGAUAUAUGCCCAUCGUAGGGCCUCUGUGGCUGCUCAGAAAGAGAUUCCAUCUCAGCGCCCUGAGGAUCUUCAGGCCUCUUAUGACCUUGGUAUCUCGCCUCCACAGAUCUCUUUCCCGGCCCGUCUUCGGCAGUCACCAUUCGGUUUAUCCUUGAUGGCUGAAAUAAAGAGAGCCUCCCCUUCCAAAGGCAUUAUCGCAGCAUCUACCUGCGCCCCAGCUCAAGCGAGGAAAUAUGCCAUGGCGGGCGCUAGUGUCAUCUCUGUUCUCACAGAGCCUGAAUGGUUUAAGGGAAGCAUUGAUGAUCUCCGUGCUGUUCGACAGAGUUUGGAAGGCAUCCCGAACCGACCUGCGGUGCUCCGGAAGGAAUUCGUAUUCGACGAAUAUCAGAUCCUGGAGGCCCGACUGGCUGGCGCUGAUACCGUACUUCUGAUCGUCAAGAUGUUGAGUGUUGAGCUCCUCACCAGAUUGUACCAUUACUCGCGGAGCCUGGGUAUGGAACCGCUUGUCGAGGUCAACACGCCGGAGGAAAUGAAGAUCGCAGUAGACCUUGGAGCGGAGGUGAUUGGGGUCAACAACAGAGAUUUGACCAGUUUCGAAGUUGAUUUGGGCACUACGAGCAGAUUGAUGGAUCAAGUUCCCGAAGCCACCAUUGUUUGUGCUCUCAGCGGGAUCUCGGGCCCGAAGGAUGUGGAGGCUUACAAGAAAGAUGGUGUGAAAGCCAUUCUUGUCGGUGAGGCUCUCAUGCGAGCAAAGGACACUGCAGCCUUUGUUUCUGAGCUUCUUGGUGGAAGCGCCGAGAAGCUCUCAAGCACCACAGAACUCUCUCCGCUCGUAAAGGUGUGCGGUACAAGGUCUCCUGACGCUGCUCGCGCGGCGAUCGAAGCAGGUGCCGAUUUGAUCGGUAUCAUUUUGGUGCAUGGUCGCAAGAGACUUGUAUCCGACGAGGUUGCUGUUCAGAUCUCGGAGGUUGUGAAGUCAACGCCACGCCCUUCGGGGAAUACCAUACAACAAGUACAAACUGCAUCUGUUGAUUACUUCGAGUAUGCAUCGAGCUCUCUACGCCAUCCAAAACGUGCUUUGCUCGUGGGUGUCUUCGCGAACCAGCCCCUGUCUUAUAUCUUAGCCCAACAGCAGAAGUUGGGUCUUGAUGUUGUGCAACUCCACGGGUCUGAGCCCGUGGAGUGGGCAAACCUGAUACCUGUGCCAGUAAUCAGGAAAUUUGAUCUCGGUGAACCUGGGCUAUCUCGCAGAGCUUAUCAUACGCUUCCGCUACUGGAUUCUGGCGCCGGGGGAACGGGAGAGUUGCUUGAUCUCUCUGGUGUGCAAAAGACCUUGGAGGGGGAUGAUGGUCUACGAGUCAUCCUAGCUGGCGGACUCAACGCCGAAAACGUUGCUGAAAUCGUUAAGAAAUUAGGCGAAUCGGCAAAGAAGGUGGUUGGCGUUGAUGUUAGCAGCGGGGUGGAAACGGCAGGCUCCCAAGAUCUAGAUAAGAUCCGUGCCUUUGUCAAAGCAGCAAAGAGUAUCCAGCGAUGAUUGAUCAUGUAAUUUCAUGAUUAUGUGUAUUAUGCUUCUGAAUGGGGCGACACUUCUAUCUGUCGUCCCCCUAUUGGGAACAAUGAGAAUGAAACCCCACUGAGUUAUCUACAUAAUUAGCCCCAGAUCUUUUAGGUUGCAAGCUUUCUUCCUCGCCUCGCAGUAUCAACAUAUCCUUUUGUGUUCUUCUCUCAGGGCUGCUUUAAAAGUAACCGAUCCUGGACUUAGACUUCUCCUGGAUCUAUAAGUUCCCCCAAUCCAAGAUCUUAAAACAGUCUCAUCCUCACUAGCAUGAACAUCUCACUCUGCUCACC